AUGGUGGGGAGCGAUGAGGGCCUCACGAAGGGUUGCUUCUGGCGCAGCAGCGGCUGCAGCCGUGGCCUCUUUCCCAUGGCGCACGCUGCUACCCUUGACCCCAGCCAGUGGCCGGGGCUGCGAGACAUGAAGGCACAGUGGGGCAGUAUAAUUCCGAGCAUCACCGACACCUGGGUGGAGAACGGUGACUGCAGCAGUUACAAGAACGUCCACUGCAAUGCUGCUGGCUUCGUGACACAACUAGACCUAGCCAACAGAAGACUCACAGGCUCUCUUCCUGGCACCAUUGGAGUCUUCAUUGAUCUUCAGUACUUCUAUAUAGACUCCAACUUUCUAUCGGGCCCGCUCCCAUCCACCUUCUCCAGACUCGUUGCUCUAAAGGAAUUCGCAGCCAAUCACAAUCAGCUCAGUGGGUCCCUGCCUGAGCACAUCGGUGCCCUCACUGCCCUGCAACAACUGCGACUGCAGGACAACCAACUGGAAGGGCCCUUCCCGGCAUCCUUCACCCAACUGACUGCACUGAUCUCAUGCGAUAUUCACAACAACCAGAUUUCGGGAUCUUUACCAGACGAACUUGGGAGUGUCUCCAAGCUAUUAGAAUUCCGUGCCAACGACAACCUCCUAUCAGGCCCCCUGCCCACCACGCUAACAGCCAUGACCACGCUCUCUUACCUGGAGCUACAGAACAACAACCUGAGUGGACCCCUCCCUGCCAACCUGGGCACCAUCUCCACACUCAAGACGCUCAAUCUGGCACACAACGCAAUCACUGGCGCGCUUCCUAACCAGUGGUCAACACCUGACAUCUAUAUGCUGGAUAUCAGUGACAACCACCUGUCUGGCACAAUACCGGACGAUAUAACAGGCUUGGUCUACCUCAUACUUCUGGACCUGAGCUCCAACCGCCUUACUGGAACAAUACCACAACAUCUUGCUGGCCAUAGCAACCUACAAGUUCUCAACCUGAGGGACAAUCAACUCACAGGGAAGGUCAUUGAGCCUGUGCCGCCAAACGCAUGGAUGUACAAGCUAGACAACAACUACUUGACUCAGGGGUUCUCCUCCCCACCACCGUGCGAGCAAGGCUACAUCACGUACCACAGCAACUGUGCGGACGAUCCAGCUCCCGGCCUUUUCUGUGGUCUGGACGAGAGUCAGAAGGCCGAGCCUGUCUGCGCUGCCUUCUGUGGUGUCUCUUCCACUUCUCCCGCCUGCAACGGCCAUGGCACAUGUUACUUGGACGGCCCCAGCAACGUACCCACAUGCCUCUGUGACGAUAACUACGUGAUUGGGGAGUUCCCUGGCAGCUGCGUGGCUGUGGCAGGUGGUACGACAGAGCAGCAGCUGACCCCCACAGCAGCCACGCUCACAGCCACUGGCGACGCCUCAGUGGAUGCUGCAACAGCCAUGCUCACUCUCACGCCCGCCCAGCCGUCCAAGGCUGGCAGUGUGUUCCUGGCAGCGCGCGUGCCGCUCUUCUCCUACCAGCUCAUUGGGGACUCCUGCGGCCGCCAGCUCGCCUUCUCCUCCUCCUUCUCCUUCACUCUCACCCGCCCUGCUGCCUCCGGCUCCGAAGGCUUUGCCUUUGUGGUGGCCUUUGAUGCCACCCCGCCCACAACACCGGUGGCGGGCGGCAUGGGGUAUGCGGGGAUGGGAGCGCGCAGCGUGGCAGUGGAGUUUGACACAUCGAUGGAUGUGGGCAACAACGACCCUGACAGCAACCACGUGGGCAUCAACACUGGCGGCAAUGUCACGUCGGUUGUCACAGCAACGCCCAAAUUCUCUCUUAAUGACGGCAAGCCCAAGCACGUGUGGAUCGAGUACGACCCUUCCUCUAGUGGCUCCCUGCGCGUCUUCCUCUCCUCCCAGGCGUCCCCUCGCCCCACCACCCCCCUCCUGUCGGCACGCAUCUCCCUGUGUGAGGAGCUCGCCCCCUCCCCAUCGGAGUACACCUUUGCCAUCGGCUUCACUGCUGCCUCCGCCACCCAGCCUCAAAGCCAUGUCGUCUCCGCCUGGACCCUCUCCACCUGUGAGUGCACCUCUCCACCUGUGAGUGCACCUCUCCACCUAUGA